CUCAACUUGAUACUGGUAUUAAGUCUGUGAAGCGAAGAGACGUCGUAUUAGCGACCAGUCCGUGCAUUAGAUCAGGUACAAAUGAGACCCAUGGAUCCGGCCAAGGAGCUUGAUGCUGCCGUCCCCACCAUGAACGACAUGCUCGAUUUCUUGCCCGUCCCCACUCUUGUGGUGUCACCAUCGUAUCGCAUCCAAAGAGCCUCAGCCGGCUUGCUCGAGGCAUGGGGGCGUAGGCGCGAGGUACUCGUCGGCCAAGACCUCUUCACUGCCCUCUAUCAUGGAUCGCCUACCGAAAGGUUCGAUCGUAUUCCCUUUGUCUACGCGAUUGAGACUGCACUUGAGGCUCGAGCUCUCCGUCUAUGCCAUGCAGCCUAUGUCGCGAAUGGAAUUUCUUGGACUGCGCGUAUCAUGCCCGUGCACAACGGCGAUGAGCUGUUGUGCCUGGUCAUAGAAUGGGAACAGGAUGAGCUUCACACUACAACUUUAAACGGCGAAAUAACACAGAGCUGGCUGCCUAUUGACGAUGCUUUCCGCAUCCUCGUCCAGGCUGUUAAGGAUUAUGCCAUCUUCCUGCUCGAUACUCGCGGUAACGUGAUGACCUGGAACACCGGAGCAGAGCUAAACAAGGGCUACAAGAAGGAAGAAAUCAUUGGCAAGCACUUCACAACCUUCUAUGGCGAAGAAGAUAUCCGGUCUCGGAAGCCCGAAAGAGAACUCGAGAUUUGCUUGCGUGAAGGCAGGGUUGAAGAUGAGGGCUGGCGCUACCGUAAGGAUGGCAGUCGGUUCUGGGCCAACGUCGUUAUAACGGCCAUCUACAAGAACGACAUCCAUGUUGGUUUCGGCAAGGUCACCCGGAAUCUCACUGAGCGAAAAGAGGCAGAACUGCGGCUUACUGCUGCUUACGAGGAGAGCACGAAGUUGAAGAACGAUUUCCUGGCAAAUAUGAGUCACGAGAUCCGUACGCCUAUGCAUGGUGUACUAUCUGCCUGCUCCUUACUACUGGAUAGUCGGCUCACUGAAGAGCAACGGGAGACGGCUAAUAUGAUUCAAGAGAGCGGACAGGUCCUAUUACGCAUCAUCAACGAUAUCCUCGACUACUCAAAGAUUGCGGCCGGCACCUUUCCCGUCAAGAAUGAGAGGCUGGAUAUCGCGAAUGUGAUUACAUCGGCUGUACGCAGAGUUCAAACUACUGUGCAGCCCGGAGUAUCUCUAAAGCUGAGCUUAUCACCAAACUUGCCAAAAUGGGCAGAGGGGGACGCUUUGAGGUACCGCCAGAUCUUUGAGAAUCUCCUCAGCAAUGCUGUAAAGUUCACCGAGAAGGGAUACAUUUCGGUGAAUGCAUCGAUGCUCACUGAAGACGAGACCAGUCUCACGAUACAAACGGAGGUCUGGGAUACCGGGCAUGGCGUGACAGAAGCCGACGCGCAAGAACUGUUCAAACCCUUCACGCAGCUCGAUACCCCACACCAGAAGCGGCGCCCAGGAACAGGUCUUGGGUUAUCAAUCGCGAAAUCACUUGUUGAGUUGUUGGGAGGGAGCAUUGGAUAUAAGCCUAACCCGGAACGGCAGGGCAGCAUCUUUUGGUUCUCAUUCAAGGUCAAAAUGCUCAGUAGCCUUCGUCAGGCCGAAUCUAUCAUCGCUCCACCAGGAGGCAGUAGUGAAUUACCGCAACAGGAGCUUCAAGGAGGCGAGGAUCUUGCGACGCAACUGGAACAGUUAUUGAAGAUCUCACCAACAAAGAGGAUCCUUGCGGCUGAGGACAACAUCAUCAACCAAAAGGUCCUAGUCGGAAUGCUGCAUGGCUUUGGCUUUAAAGAUAUAACCGUUGUUUCAGAUGGCGCUCAAGCUGUGUCGUCACUAUCCGCGGCGGCGAAUGCCUUUGACUUAAUACUAAUGGAUAUCAGUAUGCCGAUUAUGAAUGGUUACGAGGCAACACUCCGGAUACGUCGUAGUAGUAUACGUCUACCUAUAAUUGCCAUGACUGCUUACGCGCUUAACGGCGACAUGGAGCGUUGCUUGGAGAAGGGGAUGGAUGAUUAUAUCCCCAAGCCAAUGGAUAAGCAAGUGCUGAUGAGGAAGCUGUUGAAGUGGCUUCGGAGUCCAGGCGACGUAAUACAGACAUGAUUAGGAGCCAUUCAGCAAUUUGCCUUAUCACCAUACUACAAGAUUAGAUACACAACUCAUACACUUUCGGAAACACUUGCUCGGUAUUAUUUCUAUACACAGAAGUCAAGGGUGACAGCCACAUGCCUUUAAGCAGAAUUGAUAAGGAUUGUUUGGGCACAAAUCCUGUUUUAGAGAGCAAUACUUCAACUCAACAGACUGGUAUAGCUUCUUGUUCAAUCCUGAAAUUUCUUCGCGCUUUAACCGUACAAACCUUCCCUAAAUCAACAAAAGAAAAGAAACAAAUUACGUGGAUAUACACCAAGGGGAUAACUGUCCACUCUGCCUUAGUGAAGUAUGAUGGCAAUGAAGCUUCACGGGAUCUAUCCCCGGC